AUGUCGCUAGUGUCAAACACACAAAUCACUCCGAUGGAUGUUCCACCGCAAUGCUCAUCAACAAAUAAUUCUCAAGUUUCUAUUGAUGUCGAAGCACAAAAUCAACCAAUUAAGUGAGUUUUCCUUUUCCGUUUUGUUUUUGUUUGUUUCAAAUAAAAACAAACAAAUUUGCAGGAAGAAGAGAACAGUAACAUUUGCCGAAAUGGAUCCUUCUCAACUCGACGUCAAUGCUCAAAAGCUUUACACAAUCAUUCCGCCACCAAAAUAUGAUGAUUCUGAUUCAGACGAUGAUGGUGAGUUAACUUAAAUUAAGAUCGUUCAACUCAAAAAAAUCUGUUAUUUAUAGAUCAAUCACGUUACCAUCGAAUGAUGCUUUUUGUAAAAAUGGGAGUUAUUGGAUUCUUCGUCUUCAUUUGCAUCUUGAUUUUUGUCGUUAUUCUUGGCAACAGUGCUGCUGUUGCCGCCGCAGCUUCUUCCACAACAACUACUCCACUCGGACGAUAA